UGGCAUAUCUGAAGUGCAUGACACUGCAGGCAGAAGAGUUCUCUUUGUCAGGACGUGUCGUGAGAGAGCAGAGUGUAGACAACUGUUUCGGGUUGCAUUAUUUUGGAUAGGAGUGAUGACGUUUCCUAUCACCCAUCUGCACUGCUGUCAUAGAUAUGCACGCCUUGUCUUGGGUCUUUGUCAUGCACAUGCGUGCAUUAACACGCCGUUAGAAACAAGAUAUAACAAGAAAACAUGCUUCUCCGGCAGAAAUGCAGCAAGCAGGUUUAUUUGAAUCUCUGACUGCAGUCAGUAAACCGGGUUACAUCGUGUUGAAGAAAUGAUGCAGGACGUUUGUAAUAACCCGGUUACUACAGUGAAUGUAAACGAACACAUUGUUUCUUCCGUCCAUUGGAGUUAACAUGGCUCUCCGUCCAGACACAGACAACAACACUACUACGAACCAAUCAGCUGUUUUUCUGUCUCCGCCGCGGAAAUGAACGGCCAAUCAGCUGUCUGAGUGCCAUCAACGACAAGCGCCGGAGGACCAAUCAGCUAUCUGUCUGGAUUUGCUGGAGAAACGAACAGCCAUUCAGCUGUCUGUCUGGGCUCCACGGAGUGAGUGCCUGGCCAAUGAGCGUCCUGUCUGGCUGCACCGAGGGGGAGACCGUCUGCCGAGGCCCAAUCAGCGGCUCAGUGCUGCCUGCCGGUGCCGGGGACUGGUGGUGAGGAGCCACUGCAGCGCGUCAGGACCGGACCGUGAACCCGGAGACGGUACACACUGAGGCGAAAGGAGACACAGGAUGGAGCGGAUGUCUGAGGAGGCGCUGAGGCUGAACCUGCUGAAGCGAGGCCUGGAGUCGCCCAGUGAGAGAGAGGAGGCGCUGGCCAAGCGUCUCAAAAUGGAGGGCCACGAGGCCAUGGAGCGCCUCAAGAUGCUGGCACUGCUAAAACGCAAGGAUCUAGCUGAUCUUGCAGCCCUGGAGGUCGCGGGGCCCCUGGGAGAUGGGAAGGGCCCCGGAGCUAGCUCCCUCCACCACCAGAGCCUAAUGGGUGCCGCCGCUUAUGAGGAGAAGCUAAAUGGGAGUCUGAGGCUGGGCGGCCAUGGUGGUCAUGUUGGACCCAGUAAGAAUGGGAAGGAGAACAUGCUGGAUGAGCCGGUGGAUAUGAGCGCUGGGAGAAGAUGCGAUGCGGACCACGAUAGACGAACUCCGUCUCCAGACGUCAUCAUCCUGUCAGACAAUGAGGCCUCCAGUCCCAGAACAACGCCUCGCCCCGAGGAGCACCUGCACCAUGCCAACCUGGACAUGUUCAAGGGGAAGACGGGAGAGGAGAGGCAGCAGAUGAUCAAAGCUCUGAGAGAGGAGCUGCGUCUAGAGGAAGCUCGCCUGGUGCUGCUGAAGAAGCUCAGGCAGAGUCAGAUGCAGAAGGAGAAUGUGGUGCAGAAGGUGCCGGUUGUCCAGAACGCUGCCUCCUCUGUGCAGCCUCCUCCCAUCCACAGCUCUCCUGGCCUGGGGAAGCUGCCGGUGCGGCCGGGCCUGCACAACCCAGAGCCCCAGAACCUCCGCACUGCACAGGGUCACACAGUCAUCAGGUCAGCAGCCAACGCCAACCUGCCGCCCAUGCUGAUGUCCCAGCGAGUGAUAGCACCCAACCCCGCCCAGCUGGGCCAGCGGGUUUCCUCCAAGCCCGGCAUGGGCCGCUCCAACUCCAGCAUGGGCAACCCCAUCAGCUACCAGCAGGCCAGCCAGCAGGUGGCAGCUUCCCAGCGCUCAGGCUCCAGUGCCAUGUACAUGAACCUGGCCCACAUGCAGGCAGCAGCGGCGGCGGGGGCCAGCGGGGUGGCGGGCGGCCUGGGCGGAGCCUCGGCCGUCAGCCCUUCCACCAUGUCCAGCUCGGCCAGCGGCGGGGUGAGCUCCAUGGCCGACCAGGCCAGCAGCCAGGCAGCAGCCAAGCUGGCCCUGAGGAAGCAGCUGGAGAAAACCCUGCUGGAGAUCCCCCCACCCAAACCCCCAGCCCCGCUCCUCCACUUCCUGCCCUCUGCAGCCAACAGCGAGUUCAUCUACAUGGUGGGGCUGGAGGAGGUGGUACAGAGCGUCCUCGACAGUCAAGGUAAACUCCGGGGGACGCUGGCCCGUAUGGAACCCUUCUUCUGUGCCCAAUGCAGAACUGACUUCACCCCCCACUGGAAGCAGGAGAAGAGCGGGCGAAUCCUCUGUGAGCAGUGCAUGACGUCCAAUCAGAAGAAGGCUCUGAAGGCGGAGCACACUAACAGGCUGAAGAACGCCUUUGUGAAGGCUCUGCAGCAGGAGCAGGAGAUUGAACAGAGGCUGCAGCAGCAGGCGGCCCUCUCCCCCAGCUCGGCCCCUACUGGCCCCAACGCCUCCAAGACUGACUCCAUGAUCCGACACCAUGCCCUCCGCCAGGCUCCCCAGCCUCAGGCCUCCCUGCAGAGAGGUCUGUCCAACUCUGCGCGAGGCGUCCUGUCUAACUUCGCCCAGGCCUCCCAGCUGUCAGUGGCUAGCAGCCUCAUGGGGAUGACCAGUGCAAAGCACUGUGGCAGUGGAGGCAGCAGUAGCAGCAGUAGCAGCAACAGACUGCAGCAUGACAGCCGUCGCCAGAUCUACAACAUCCCAGGGUUAAAUAUUGCCUAUCUGAACCCAGCGGCAGUUGGAGCCCAUAAGAGCUCCAGCUUAGCAGACCGGCAGAGAGAGUACCUGUUGGACAUGAUCCCACCUCGAUCCAUAUCGCAGUCCAUCACCGGACAGAAAUGAGCCCCGCCCAACC